UGUUUAAAUACAGAUGGUGUUUAACAAGAAAAAAAAUGUGUUUUGCACAAUAUAUCGUGUAGGGUCGGCGAUGGCGGCGGCAGUAUGCGAAGAUAACCCGAAAAGCUAAACCCGCCUCUCCACCCCGUGCCACGAUCGUACCCCGACGCAUCCAGUCACAUCAUCCUAAAUAAAAAAAAAAAAAAAUUAGUAAUAAUAGAUAAAAAAAAAAAAAAAUAAAAAAUUCAUAAUAAUAACGUGCAACGACAACAAUAACAGACAUGGCGUCUCGCAGACACGAUCCUAACAACGCGUAAGUACUGCUUUGUGUGUAUGUAAUAAUGAUAAUGAUAAUAAUAAUAAUAAUAAUAAUAUUAUACCUUCUGUUAAAAUAAUAUUUUAUAAUAUAUACAUAUAUAUACAUGUAGGUAAACUUGGCGCGCGGGCGUUUUUGACGGGUUUUUUUUCAAAUAUUUUUAUUUUAUUUUUUUUUUGUUCCAUUAUUCUCGCGAAUAAUAACGAGACGACACGACGACGACGACGGCAAUAUCGAUUCCGCGACCAGUCGUGAAACGUGCGUAUACUGUGCCGCGUGUAUUUGUAGGAAUAAUAAUAAAAUAUUAUAGGGAGAAUAAAAUUUAUUAAAUAUUUUAUUAAAAAAAACACACGAAAACAACUCGUCGUUGUUGUUCCCGGCGACGGCGGUGGCGGCUACAACAGGGAGACGCUGAGGAUGUCGACGAUGCAGGCCCGGCACAGAGGUCAUAACAUUCCCGAGGGCGUAACCACGUUCAACGAGAUCGAGUACGACCGGGAGGGCGGCGUGUUCCUGAACCGGACCAAGCUCAUCCUGUUAGCCGUCAUCGUGUUCCUGUUGACCGCAUUUUCGGCGUUCAUAGGCCGGUACUCGGCAGAACGGCAAUUCCGCGAGGUAAAAACAAAAAAUCCGAAAAAAAAAAAAAAAACCAUGGCGUAAACCGAUUACCGGUUCUUGAGGAUAAUUGUUCUUUUAUUGCAACAACAAAAACAAAAUCAAAAAUAACAAACCAUAAUCGCGUAUAUAAAUAUUCCCGUUUUACCGACGUUUUUUUUACCGGUUUUCUCGAGUAAAAUUUGAAAAAAAUACCCCUUUCCUUAUGAAGCAACUAGACAACAAUGACCGGAUUAUGAUUUCUGUACAUGUAUUAUGAUAAAAUUAGCUAUUUAUUAUUGUUGGUUGUUAUUUAUGGUAAAAAAGCUUAGAAUGAAAAGAAAACGUUUUAUGAAAUAUCGAGUUUAUUAUAAUAAAAUUGUUAUUGAAAUUAAUUUACCUCUAUCAGAAUACCAUAUGAUUACAAAAUUCAGUUUUACUUGGUUUCAUUUUUAUAGUUUCUACAUGGUAUGAGCUAUUUAUAACGUACACAUUGUUGGAGUUGAUUUGUUUGUUUUUUUAGAAUUUUGAACAAUGGUGAACAAUGGAGUUAUCAUGUGUUUCACUGCAAUUUUUUAAAAUUCUGUUAAAUCACGUUAUAACUUCCAUUGGGAUAAUAGGAUUUCUCUUAGUGUUGCAUUUUUUCCAUCAUAAAUCAUCAGAAAGUAUAUACAGUUUUCCAAAAUGUUGUCUAGUCAUUCCGGAUAAUUAUUUUUAUUUUUCUAGAAGAUGUUUUUAUUUCUCAGAUUCAGAUAAUUUUAUUGUUAACCGAUACGGCGAUGAUGGUGCACGAAUUAUGUCCUGACUGUCGAAUUACCUAAUAGAAUAAAAUAACCGAAAAUAUUCUCGUAUUGGUUGAUUUCAAUAUGUGCACUAUAAUUAUUUCAAUGUUAUUAUUUUUCGUUGAAUAAUCGUAAAUAAAAAAUUAUUUAAUCGAUUAUUUUGAACCUACAUGAAAUUUAACAGUGAUUUCAAAAUUAAAUAUUUUUGCAUAAUUUUAUAAAUUUCCACGUUUUUUUACUUUAAGUCCAAAAAAAUAAAAUAUUUACGGAACAAAAUUCGUGUAAUCCCAGAAAAGUUACAAUACUAAAUCUGUUAAAUGAGAAACCAUCAAAAUCGUUAAAUGAUCCAUUCCUCUUUCUUUCUUCUUUUUAGGCUUUAUAAUUUGUUUGUUCUAUACAUUUAUUUUAUUAUCUAUUUAAUAAACACGGAGAACUAAGUUUCCCUUCAAUAUGACGUCUUAACCAGUUUUUGAUUUUCUUCUUCAUCCCAUAUCAAUUCCAUUUGUAUUUAUUCUUAUAGGUAAAGUUAAAAGCGCAAAAGUAGCUCUAGGCCUAUUUUUCAUAUUUUAUUAUUUCUUUGUUCGUGGAAUUUCACCAGAACCAUGCCCCAAGCGCUUUGAUUAAUCAUAUGGGUAAAACAAUCAAUGCAUUGAUAUCCUGAAUUAUAAUUUUGUUAAAAUGUUAGCGUUUGUUAUUUGUAUGGUAUUUAUUUUUACAGUUUUUUAUUCGCAGUUUUCCAUAGAUGAACAGAACUAUCUGGGAGUCCAAUCUUCUGAAAUUUCACAAUGAUCUAUUUUGAGGUUUCUGUUCGAUAUUUUUGGUGACACGAGAAACAAUAACCGCUCGUGAAACCUAUAAAUACCCCAAUUAGGUUAGGUUAGUAGGUUAUAAUUGCACCUGAACACACGUGAGUAGGACUUAACAAAACUCGUAUUUUAUUUUUACUGAAUUGUAUUGAUUCGUAUAUAAUAACAUCCAAAUAUAUUACGCAUUUAUCAAUCAUUAUAAUAAAAUAUGUAAAACCUAUAAUUUUCAGUUUUAGUAAUAAUAAUUGAAUACCAAGUCCGUUCUUACCUUGGUCGACAACUUCAAAAUUCUUCUGAUUACAGUCGACAAUUGUUGACGUAAUUUACCAUCAACUUAUAAUUCAACUAAUGCUGGUUCAAAGAAAAACCAUAUUUAAUAAUAUCGGGGAUUUUACCGCUGAAUUAAAUGUUAAUUCAAGAAGAUUGUAUAUUUUAACAGCCUUUAAACUUUUAUGUGAAUUUAUUUCAUUUAAACUUUUUAAAAUUCGCAACCUCUUAUAACACAAGGGGGAGGGGGUAUUUGUUACGAAUAUUGUUGGUAUUAUACAAUUUUGUCGGUUUACUGAUACACCUUUACUGGUAUAAAACGGGUAGAGAUUUUAAAUCUAUGCUAUCGUAGGACGGCACACGCCAAAUCAAAUCAAAACCUUUUUUUUUUUUUUCUAACGAUUUCAUCCAAUACGAAUGGAAUUAGUUUGGGAAAACAUCUAACUACAACUUUUAUGUAUGCCGCCGGUGAUUAAUAACGAAAAAAAACUAAUUGAUAUGCAAUGUGUGCGUAAUACUUAAACGUACCUACCGAUACUCUAUAGGACCAUGUGUGCAAACAUCGAACGAAAAUUCGUCUCGUAUUAAUUUGUUACACGCGACCAAAUUAUCUUUAUUAUUAAAAUACAGACUAUUUAGAACAUAUUUUUAUAAAAUCGUUGUUAUAACCAGACAAUCAGUAAAUGUACACUCGGUAAUAAUAUUAUCUAGGACAGUAUACCUAUUAUACGGUUAUACCUAUAGGUAUACCUUCUAUAACACUUGUGGUUUAACGAUUAUCAGCUCGAAACGUUUCGUUUGUGAAUUGAGUAAAAUGAAACCUACAGAAUACCCCAUAUUGACUACCAGCUCAUUUGCACGAUAUUACAUCAGAUAUUAUAUAAUAUGUAUAUAUUACAUAGGUUGGUACCAAUAUGUAUUAUUUUGUGCAAAAUUUACGUUAAUCGACAUCAUUGGAAUCGUUACAUAUUGUGUGGGUUUUUUUGCACGUAUUAUACAAAAUGUGAGCUUUCUAACUGUAGAGUUGUAAAUAUAAUCUGUGCAUUGUUAUUGGGUAGUUUUAAAACCUUUAUACUUACUUAUUACUGCUUUAUAAUACUUAUUGUGUACGUAUGAUUUUAACGUUUUCAAGCGCGGUAUAUGUUAUACGUUUGUUAUUUUAUAGCUUAUAAUAUGAUUAUUUAAAAUUAUUUGGUUUUUAUUGAUCUAUGUUGAUAAUUUUAGUUACUUAUACGUCUAUAUUUAAAAUGCUCGAAAAUUUGACACAAGGACAAUCAUAACAAGUUAUUCUUAUCAUAGAUAUUAAAUUAAUAGAGAAUGGAUAUAAGUUACCACGUACGCAAUCGUAAUUUUAAAUGUGUAAGAGUGAAAGUCAAUUGCUUAGACUGGAUCUAUCUCUAGCUGUGGGUAUUUUGAGGUAGUAUUCAGACUUAGAUGUUAGGUAUCUUGUUAGGCUCGUGUUCAGCAGCUUUAAUUUUAUAAUAAUUAAGAAAAUUCGAAGUGUUGUAUAACAAUGUUAAGUUAUUGUUUUAUUAUUAAAACAAAUUAUUUUACGACUUACCCUUAGUUUGAAAAUAAUUGUACAAACUAUUUGUACAUAAUCUUAAAAUACCAUUGGCUAGAAAAAGGAUAAUUUAUCUCUAUUCGUCAUACUGGAAUGUUAGUUUAUUUAUUAACCAUAAAACACCGUAAUAUUGUUUUAAUGUAAAGUUAAUGUUAACCAAUGCCAUAGAAAGAGGGGGGGAGUGGGUUUCCAGCUCAAGCCUUUCCUCCUUGAAAUAUCAGUCGACAAGUUAAUUAAAGUAAAUUUUUUUAAGUGAAUUAAAAAUAAAAUGUAAUACACAUUGAAGCCGUGAUAGUCCGGCGUCCACUGCCCCGGAUGUGGAGAACAGCCAGUGGUUAAAAUGAGGAGAUGAAGGAGCAGAGUCCCCUACUUCUUUAAGGUAAAGUUAUCAGUUCUCUUUAAUUUAAGUCAACACAUUCUAGGAAAACGCUUUAGUUAUUUUCACUGAGACAAGUAUAAUGAAAAUUUUAAAACUCGAAUUAGUUUUAUUACAAACAAAUUCCUUAAUACCAAUUUUACUUAGACAGACUCUACUUUAUUUUAUUUUUACCAAGCAAGUAUAUGCGUAAAUUAACAUAAAAGGGGGUGAGUUUAUUUUUAAACUCUAUUAUAACAUUUGUAUAAACAAAUGUGUGUGAAAGAAAAACAUUUUGGAAGCCUUGUCAUCAUGGUGGAUUUCUUAAAAUGUUGGUUAAACUUAGUUUGUUCUCGGAACCACUCAUUAAUUUUCGGUGAAUACAGUUCCGCUUUGAAAUUUUCCUCAUUUUAAUCACUGAAAAUGGCCGAUGGAUUGGUAAUAUGAUAGUUAGAAAAAUAAAAGGAAUGACUAAUUGUUCUAAUCAUAAAUACAAUCUGAGUUAACCACUAGAUUGAUACCACGUAUAAAGAUCGCGAACAAAUAAAUACCCAAUCCUCAGAGUAGCAGAUGCUUCAAGUUUUAUUCAUUCUAAUUUCUCUCCUGUUUAACGACAUAAUUCUCCAUUUUCUCGUUGUGAAAUACAAAACGUGUUGCUUUCUGGUGAAUCAUUAUGUAUUACCAAAUCUAGUCAAUUAGCUUAUUAUAAUAUAAUGAUUAAAUUAUGACAUUUUCAGUAGGGGUUAAGAAGUUCUUAAUAAGAACUAAAUUCGUUUAAAAUGUUUUUCAUUACAAACCUAUUAAUUGACCAUAUUGUUAGGCCAUAAAAAAUUCACCUCCUUUCCCCCCAAAAAAAAUCCUCAUGACGUGCCCGAACAAUCUCAGUUUAUUUUUUCUGUAGGUACAACGUCCUCUUAAAUCUCAAAGGAAUUAUUUUGUCACAUGAAACGCCUGACACUUUUUGUCACUCUAUCCAAUCACACUUAAUUCUAUGUUAGGUAUAUAAUAUCCUCUUUUUUUUUUUCUUACGUUUAUUUGGCAGAAAUACGAUUGAGAUCGCUCGGUUUUUAUAAUUCCACGCAACGUUGCCAAAUAUGUAACAAUCUGAAAAUUCAGCCAAUCAAAAAUAUAUACAUUUCUUGUUUCGUAAUCGAGUUUCAUGAUUACAUAUUGUUGUUUGAAAUGACAUAUUACUGAAUUCAUCACUAAUAAUCUAGAUAAAUACAACAAUAAAGAAUUGUUUGCAACGAACAAUCAAAAUAUACGCAUUAGUGCAUUACUUAGUACGUGGUUUCCCGUAUUAUGCGUUUUUAUAUGCAAAGUAUUUUACGUUCGUACUUAAAUAAAAUAGAACGUCACCAAAACUCAUAUCCUCUGAACGUGGUGGAAAUUUAAUUGUUAUAAACUCCCACAAAUACCGUUUUAUUAUACAUUUUGAAUAAGUUUUUCAUAAUUUAUUUAUGAAUUUUGACUUGAAUAUAUUUCAGCAACGUUGCACAUAAUUUCGUUUUCAAUAGUACUGCUUUUUUGGGUCAUUUCAUUGUUUCAUUUCGAGCGUUCUCAAUUGUACGCUAAAAAAUUCGAACGUUCUCAAUCGUAUUGUAGCCAUACAUCUGAGAUAGGAUAAUAAUUCACGUGAACCUUGUUUAGGACGCUUCAAUAAAAUUUGACACAAUUUUUACACCAUUUAUUUACCUAGUGUAACCAUAUUUAUCGCUUUUUAUAACAAGUAGAGGUAUCGUGAGAAUAUACUGUUCCCCUCCCAUAGGGAGAAGGCUAUGGAACUAAUGUUAACUAAUCAUUUAAAUCCACGUGUAAAACAAUUAUAACUUCCGAUUUUGUAGUCAUUCAGUCCAGUAGAAGUGUCUAAAUAAGUAGUGGGAAAAAUAUAGAUAUAAUAUUUUAUAUUAUAGAAAGAGAGAGAUUUAUAAUUAACACAACAAUACAGUGAAAUAAUAGCUUUUUCAAUGAAAUUUUUACAAAAAACCAACGGCAGUUUUUUUUUUUUUUUUUGUAAAACACGUACUCGUGGUAUAUUUUUAAGUGGCACUUGGUGUAGUAUGGGCAAAACAAAACAAGUGAAUUGAUAGGGUUAAUAUUGUCGUUAUUUAGUACAUAAAUCGUGAUUCGUUCGUAAAGAAGGCUGCUGACUCGGGCGUACUGGAAAGCCAGAUACCGUUUUUGGCAGUCGAACCAGAAUGUUACAAAGUAUUUUUGGAACCCAAACUAUACGCUCCGGACGGAACCGUACCUAAACAUGAUGUGACAUAUAACGGCCGUGUGGAAGUGAUUUUCCGCCCAAAGACCGAUACAGCCGUCAUAAGUCUGCAUGUCGGUCUUCUGAAGAUCGAUGGAGAUCUUAUUUUGAAACGCAGACUCAGCAUGGAAACGCCCACUGAACAAGUGCUCCAGGUGAGUCAGUCGGAAUAUUUUUAAUUUAAAUGCACAAAAUAGUAAGUAUAUCGUCUGACUAUUAGAUAAUAAGAAAUAACUAUUUGGCGAACAUCUAGCGCUGAUAUUAUUUAUUUCAGUAAAUUUUCUACUAGUAAAAUAAUCAAAAAAUAUGUUCCAUUUGGUUUUUUCUAAAAUUGUCUACUAGUCAUACAUUUUACUAAAAAAGAGCUGUCCUGCGUGGUCCUAGGCCACACGGGAACAAUGUCGAUUUCUAUCAGUAAAAUAAUAUUUAAAAUUAGAUUUUACAAAUUUACAUCUUUAUAAAAUAAAAUAAUUUGUAAUCAUAGGCUUUUUUUUCCAUAGGGUUAUAUGGCUAGGUUGCUAGUCAUUAUAUUUCAUUCAUAUUUAUCGACCAUUUUCUCGAUUCAAUCUACCCUUCCAUGCUCUGAAACUGUCACUAAUAAUUCGCUCGGCUACAAUGAUGCAUCUAGCUCUAAAAUCUAUAGUGUGGGUGAGGGGCUUUAUCAUACAUUAGGUCUUUUUACUAGAUGUAAAAUGAAGAAGGGGGCUAGUCUCUGGAAAUUAUAAAACCUCGAGAACCAAAUAUCAUUAAUCACGUGUUUCGAAAAAGGAUGACACGAAGUAUGAGUUGGACAGCCAAGUGAACGAGACAUUGGAGACGCUGACAGUGACUGUCAGUGAAGUGCUUAAGGCCGGCCACUACUAUAGCUUGUUCGUGAACUUCACGGGCUCAAUUGGCCGAAACCCCGAGAAGGGAGGUUUUUACAAAAUUGUGUUUGAUACGGCCUACAAACCAGUCGCAAACCACUGGUAUGUGGCCACCAAACUGACCCCGCGCAAGGCCCGACAUCUAUUGCCAUGCGUGGAUAACCCCAAACACAAGGCUAUAUUUGAAGUAAGCGUUGUAAGAAACCAAGAAACGAGAGUGAUUUUCAACACCAAACUGAGGGAAACGGAACAGUAGUAAGUAUUUUUACUACUCAGAAUUAUAAAAAACAAAAAUACGGGUUUUCAGCAUGGACAAAUAAUUUAGGAUGUUUUUAAAGUUUUUCCAAAAUUAAUUAGCUUUUUAUGUUGCAACUAGAUAUUUUUAGUUGAAAAUAGCGUCUUGCUUACAAAUAUAAUUUUAUGUAUUUGAUAAUAAUAAUUUAAAUAAAAUUGACGGGUCGUUGUUGCAGCAGUGAAAAUCUACUGAUUGACCAUUUUGAAAAAACUGGACUCAUCAGACCCGAUUCGUUAGGGUUGUUUAUGUCCAACUUUAAAUCUCAAUCUGUUGAAACGGACGGUUCAGUUGAAGUGAGAACAUGGAGUCGUCAGUCUACGGAUACGAUCCGUACGAUCAGGAAAAUUGUACCGAAAACGUUGAAUUUCAUCAAGUCAUAUCUAGCCACUGAUUUCCCAACUAACAAACUCGAUAUUGUUAUCGUGCCCGAAGAGUUGAUAAGUUCAGCCGAAAGUCCAGGCUUGAUAGUGAUCAAGUUUGUUAAUAAUAUCAUAGGGAAUAUAGAUGAAUAAUAUUCAAUUUGACAAACGUCUUCUUAUAAAAUAUACUUAAUAAUUUUAAAUUUUUUAUUUUAAGAGAUACGGUUUUAGACAAUAGCGAGAACGACGAUGAAUCCGCUUUGCUCGAACAUCAGGACAUCGUAGAAACCUUGAUGGAACAUGUCAUCAGACAAUGGAUGAUGCCUUUACGAGGACUCGAUCGCGAGUGCAACGAAGACAAAUGGUUAAACGAUGCUAUCGUGAAAUUUCUGAGAAUAUUAAACACCGAUAAUGUAAGUGCAACUGUCAAGUGAGACCACACUAGAAAAGUAUUUAAAUACGAAUUCAAUAGACUAACUUAUACAAUUUAAAAAAAAAAAAAGUGAAUAUAAACUUAAUCUAAAUCUAAAAUAACCGUGAUUUUUUUGAUUUCAAAAAUAUUUUAACUUUAAAGUUUAUACAAAUCUACUAUAUCAUCAAACUUUUUAGAUUCAUAGCGGAGCAAGAGAUCAAUUAGUUUUAUAUAUUUAUAUAUUUCAUAUUCAGGUGUGUGUGUGUGUGUGUGUGCUUUUUUGUACCUGUGAAUAAGUUUUCUACCAGAAAUCUUGCUCCAAUCGAAAAAUCACAAGAUAACAUUUUAGGUAAAUAAGAAAGUCGUUUAUUGAUUUCCAGUGUAGUUUUUUUUUUAAUAGUUAAGUAAAACUUGAAAGAAAACUGAGUAGUUUACCAAAAUAUCGGUACUCAAUUUUGUUUUUUUUUUUUGUUAUAAUUCGUAGAGCCUUCAAAUUAAAAAAGACAACUAAUCUAUGCAUUUUUUUAAACGUAGUACAAUUUUUGAGCUAUUUUUAGGUAUUUUAUGUUUGCAUUUUUUACCUUGCUUUUAUUUGGUUAGUACUAUGUGAAUAUAAUUGUUUGAUUAAAUAAAAAUGUUUCAAAAUUUAACAAGAGGAUUAUUAUUAUUUUUGAUAAAAAAAAAAUUGAGUGUAAUAUAGUUUUUAAAUUUUUUUUAGAAGAAAAAUUUUGACAAAAAUCGUAAAUAUUACAGUCUCUCAAAAAAAUUAUAACCGAUCUUUUUUCCUAAUAAUUUUUCAUUUAGAACAGUUUAUCGGUUUUUACAGAUAUAAAUCAAAUAACUUCAUGUAUCCAGCCUUUCGAACUUCUCGUCUCUAACAAUGGCACACUCGUCCCUAGUAUUAACUUUUCCUUGUUUUCUUAAUUAUUAUGAGAGAUGAGAUCUCUUUAGAAAAUCAAAAAAAAACUUCCUUUAUGAACCAACUAAAUUGAAAAAGGUUUUUGUUAAAGUAAUAUUUCUGAUCGAAACAUUGUUUAUAGAUAGAAAAAUCCUGGUUUUAGGAUGUUUUCCCCGUUUUUCAAAAUUUUUAAAAAAAAACUACAAGGAAAAUCGAUAAAUAACGUCCUUAUUAUACCAACUAGAUCCAAUUUGCUACUAGAAACCACCCCUGAUGUUAAAAAUUGCCGUGAGAAUUUUGGUAGGGAAGUUAAAGCUAAUACAGUAUACAUACCUGCAUUCCUUGUUAUAAGCUACCUUCAGUAUUUAAAAGUAGGUAUAUUUCACAAACCUAACUGCAACUCUUCGUCGCGAUUUAUAUUAUACUUAUAAUCAUUUUUAUUAAUUUAUAAUACAAUAACACCGAACAAUACAUAAUAUAAGAUUUUACCGGAUUGGACGUUUGGAUCGAGAUUUCCGUUACACUACAUUCAACCGGUAAUGUUUUAUGACAGCUGGACGAAUUCGGAGCCCCUUUCCAACUACGAACGACACACCGAGAUAUAUAAAUACAUCAGUUCAGACAAAGGUAAUAAUAGCGGGUCGGUAUAUCGUGAACUCACUAAUUAAUUAACACCAGUAUGCGACUCUACGUCUGUGAAAGCUGAUUCUUGAUGAACAAUAUUGACACCUACUGUACCGUCAACGUAUAAUUAUUAUUUACAGGCACGUCGAUUUUGCGAAUGCUAAACUAUACAUUCACAGAGGACAUUUUCAAACAGACUUUAAGAGAAUACGUGCACACGGAGUGAGUAUUGAAUAUGUAAUUAGAAAAAAAACAUGCAGACAUUAUAAUAGUAGGUAAUCUGCAGGGUUUAAUUAUAGCAUUGAAUUUUAAACGAAUCUAAAUUAAUUUCAAUAAUCAUAUAAGUAUUAUAUAUGUCGUUAUAAAGGGAUAGGUGCAAUUUGAUUUUCAAAAGUUGAUCCCACUAAACAUUUCAAAUAAAUUGGUAUGGAUCACGACUAUCGAAAGAUGGACUGUGAAAAUGUGAGCUCAAACCGAGAAAUUAGGUUUUAAUGCAGAUUACAGCGCUCUCUAGGUGAUUAAUAUGUAUGAACUAUAUGCAUUACUAAACACAGAAUAUUUUACACAUUACGUAACGGCAAUAUAAUCACGAUAAUAUUACCAAUUAGGUAUAUAAGUUGUUAUUUAUUGAUUGAAAUGUAGAUUUAAUAAAAGCGACUAAUUUCAAAAGGUGAGACUGUCAGGACGUAUUUAAGGGAAUACUCGGAGGGGCAGUUGCCCCUGGUGGCAAUUUUAAAAUUAUAGUUUAGGGAUAGCAAAAUAAUGAAAUGGUAAAAAAUUUACAAUUUAUCUGUAGCUCAUUUAACCCAAUGAGUAAUAAUUUAAAAUAUAAUAAUAUAUAAUUAGUAUAAUAGUCAGUUACUGACUCUUCACACCUUUGCACUCUUGUUAUAACAAUAUUAACUUCUAAGCUCACUGCUAGUAAAUGACACGGUGGUCUGCACAGUUUUGUUCAUGAUUUUUCUAACUCAAGCCUUUUCAUAUGUUUUGGAAGGAUCCAGUUAUCAGAAAAAAUGUAAAACUACAAGUUCACUACAGUAGUGUUGCCAAAAUUCUGAACUGCAAACUGUAUGAAUCUAGUACAAAAUAUGACCAACUAUGUUCACGGAAAUUCAGCUCAUACCAUAAUUUAACACCCAAUAGUUUAGUUGGUUCAUUACGUAUAAAAUUAUCUUUUACUCCUGAUUCUGAAAAACUAUAAACGCCGUAAAUUUGAAUUAAAACUUUAUGGAACUGUAACAUACAGAAUCAAAUACAAGUGUAUUAUAAUAGAAUAAAACAGCAACAAAAAAUGAUUAUUUUGUCAUACACGAAUACCUAUAUAAUUUUAAAUAAUUUAAAACAAUAUUUUUUUUCCAUAAUGUUGAUAUAAGUAGAUUUUGAUUCAAUAUUUCUUUUUGAAAUUUGCAGUAUUACCAAAGUUCGUUGUUGGUAAUAUUUCUUUAUUAUUUUACUGACAAUUGCUACUAAUCGAUAUUAUCAGUGGCGAACAUAUUUCAAACCCUAAGCAAAAUAUCAAAAAAUGACCAUCCCACUUCCCCUUCAACAUUUUAUAGUAUUUCUGAGGCUAAACAAUUAUUGCAUUAGGUAUACUUCAUUCAACAUACUAACUUUAUGUUUAGUAUAAUAACUUAUAAUAGCCAUAUUAGCUAUUAGGUACGCCAUGGUAUGUACGGCAUACACAUUACAUAUAUUUAAAAUAUUUGCAUUCAAAAGGCUAUAUUACAGAUAAACACUAUCCAUAUAUUCGUUUGAAUAUAGUUUAUAAUAAUUUAUUUUAGAAUUUAUAAAUACAAGGACACGAUAAGUUUUUGGACAUUAUUAGACGACAAUGCGAGAAACAAGUCGAUCAAAUUGCCCGAAAAUUCGGCCGUCUUACAAAUAGUGAACUCGUGGAUACAGAACAAAAACUAUCCACUGGUGACCGUCAACACUGACGGUGAUGAUUUAGUUUUGAAACAGGUAUAAUAAAGUUACUUAAAUCUGCGCGAAACACGUUUAGACUGGAUAGAGUCAUUACUGAUUUACUUAAAUGUGUGUUUUCCCCCUCACAUUAUAAACGUCUUAACUUUUUUUCUUUUCAUAUUACUAUUUUAGUUCCGGUUCGAUUACAAUGAACUCAAACCUACCAACGAUUGGGUGAUCCCCGUUACCCUUACCUCGGGCGCAGCAUACAGUACGACCGUUUGGUUGGAGAACAGUCCAGAAAUCAGGGUGCCGGGAUACAAUUUGGCGUCCAACGGCACGUGGAUAUUGGCCAACCAACACCAAACAGGUUAGGUCAGUGACAUAUAAAGUGUGAAAAAAAUGGUUCUGAUCUUCCAGUGGUUUCAAUAAUAAUUAUUAUUUUGUACUCCAUUUAUUUAAUUUAUUGAUCGUGAUUAAAAACUUCUCGUGCAAACUAACUUAGGUACUUUUUUAUUCUGUCUGUGAACAACUUUUCUAAUGGAAAUCUCGUCCUUGCUUUGAUUACUAACUUCAGGAAUGGUUUCUGGUAAAAAUUGUAUGUUGUUGGUGCAUAUAAUUUGGAUAAAAAUAAUAGACUUGAAAUAUUCAUUGAAUACUUACCUUCUUAUGUUUGCUCUUUCUAUAAAUGGUAAAACUUUAAAAAAAAUUCUAACGGUUCUUUUGUUUGUUUUUUUUUUUUGUUUUAUUUGUAUCAGGUUACUACAGAGUAAUUUAUCAGGACGUUCUUAUGGACAGAAUAUCGUACGAGAUCUCUAAAGGCAAAUCGUUCGACGAGUAUGUUGUUUCCCUCUUGAUCGCGGACAUUUUCGAAGGAGCCUUUGCUGGUAUCGUCGGAUUUUCCGAUGCCUUAGGAUUUCUGGAAAGAAUCAUCAAUAACGCAAAGCCAUCUAACGGAUUUUGGGUUCCCGUUUUCAACGCCUUCAGCAAAUUAGAGACAGUUUUCCAUAGUACUAGGCAUUAUAAUAAUCUUUCGGUAUUUAUCGUUUAAUAUGACUAUAUUAUACACAUCAACAAUAUAAUAUUUUAAUUUAAAAUGUUUUUCUCGAUAAUAAUUAUUCUAAUGAUCUAUACUUUAAUUUUCUAUGUAUUCAUUUUAAAAAAGUUCCGAUUAGAACUACGGUUCUGAACAACACAAGUAAAUCUGUCUGCGUUCCUCAAAUAUGUCGAUUUUUGUGUUGAAAUAUUCACAUUAUUAUCUCAAAAAUGCACACAAUGUCAUAAUAAUAAUUUAUUCUAAUUUUAAACGGAAAUGUUUUUACUUGUAAAGAUUUUCAUGGAAACAGCAGCGGGAAAAGCGUAUGGAUUGUUCCAAAACCUCAAAACAAAUACGGUGGGCAAAUUAUAUGGCAAAGUGGAAAUGUUGAAAUACGCGUGUCGCAUUGAAACAAACGAAUGUGUGUUGUGGGCCAAAGCAGAGUUCGAUAAAUGGAAGAACAGUAAAACUGAACAAAUUGCGUAAUAUUUUAUUUAUUUAAUAGUUUUAAUAGUGUUAGGUUUUAAGGUCGAGAUCUUUAAUGGGAAUAUUCUCGUAUUUAUUUCAGUAAAAUAUUUCAGUAAACAACAUAAAAUAUAAUCAAAACGCUCUGUAUUCAAAAAAUGUAAUUAAGUUUUACCAUUAAAAUUAAUGUUUCUUAAUAAUCGUUUCAUACAACGGGAGAAGUUUUAAAUUUUAAAUUCUAUGGUAGGGUUAUUUGAAUUAUGUAAAACUAUACAAACUAUAAAACUUUAAUCAUUUCGCACAAAUUUGAGAUAAACGCAUCUAAACUAUGAUGGUUUAGUACGCAAGUACUCUGAAUUGGUACUAUUUUGAAUAACAAUUCACAUAGUUAAAAAUAUGAUGCAAAGUAUGUGUACAAUACCCACAUUUGUUUAAUUUAAUUAUAGAUUCUGAGUAAAGAAAGGAAUUUUUAGGCUAUUUUUUAUAUAUAUAAUAUAUACUCUUAUAUAUAUAUAUAUAUAUAUAUAUAUAUAUAUAUAAGGUGUACGAAAAUUCUACCAGUAACCUUGUUCCGAUUUUCAAGUGUAGCACUUUUUCUGAAAUAAAAUCUGACUAGUGUGAUACUUUAGGGAAGUACCGCCGCAGAACAAAUUUCUAAGCGGUUUUCAUAAUAAUUGAGAAAAACGGAGAAAAAACGUAAAAAAAAAUGGGAAAAAUUAAAAAAAAACAUUGCUUUUAUUAUUUUCCAGUUUGUUUUUUUUUUUUUUUUUAUUGCAAUUCAGUUUAAAAUGUUUUUAGAGACUUGAAAUUUUUAAAGAAAUCUUAUAUUUGCCUUUUAUAGACGUGAUAACAUUUUCAAAAUAUUUGAGUUAUUUUUGAGCUAUUUGUAGACAUUUUAAUUUUGCAAGGUUUUUACGUAACAUUUAUUUAGUAAGUACUCUGUGAAUAGAAUUUGUUUGACCAAACAGAAAUUCUUGAUAAUUUAAUAGGAGAUUUCUUAUGAGUUGUACUUAUUGAUUAAUAUAAAAAUGUGUGUCUAAUGUAGUAUUUUUUUUCUGAAUAUAUAUAUAUAUAAAUUUCAAAUAAAUCAAAUUUUGAUGAAAAUCGUAAAUAUUACUAUUAUCAUUACUAAUAUUAUUAUUUUAAAACAUGUAUGAUAAAACUCCACUCAAAAUAAUUUUUUUUUUACAAUAAUCGUUGCAUACAAAAAUACCUUAAAUUCUCCUCCAUAUUCUACGAUCCUAAUUUCUCACUAACAACAAUAGCCCACCCACCACACGAAAAUAUUUCCGUCUUUUUUAAUAGCUAUUAUUUCUGAUUUUUAGCAUCAACCCAAACGAGCGUACCACCGUUUACUGUACCGCCAUGCAAUACGCUACCAAACAAGAGCACAGAUUUAUGAUGAGAAAGUAUUUUGAUUCCAAAUGGUCGGUGGAUAGGAAAACCGUUGUAAAAAGUUUUUCCUGUUCGAGAAACAUGCAUUUUUUGGAAACGUACGUACAUACAUCUAUGUAUUUAUGAAUAUAAAUAAUAUAUAAAUACCCGUAGAUAGAUAUUGAUAUUAAAUAAAAUUGUUUCAUGCAGAGUAAUGUCAGCUGCAGAGGUUAAAACUGAAGAUUUGGCCGAAAUUUGGGAUUCAUUUUCAAACAAUCCAACAGCGGGUCCGUACCCGUUAAAUUUCUUGAGAAACAACUGGGAAACGUUGUAUAAAGAGUAAGUAUUUGAAAUGGAUAGUUUAUAGAUAUUAUUAUUCAGUUAAAUUAGUAUUUAAAUAUAAUAUUCAGCGAUGUUCAAUCGAAAUCGUCAAAUACUUUCCAAAACUCAACGGUUUGAUAGAAUUUUUUUGUUGGAUCUUGUUCCAACAUCGCCAAUUAAAUACCCAUUGGACUAGUGUUAAACUUCGCAGAUUUCUAUGAUUUCUUAUUUAAGUAUUUUUUUUUUUGUUCGUAUUUGCCGUGAUUUAAAUUUAUUCCAGGCAUAAGUUGCCUAUUAUAUUUGAUAAUGUAGGGACAAUUUUGCAAUAAUAUUUUAAUUAUAUUCAAUUAUUAAACACAAUUUAAGUAUUUUGGUAUCCUGUAUCAAUCAUCCAACGGAUCCGUGAUUUAGUUGAAUUUCGAAGGAUAUGAUAAUUCAUAUCUAUAAUGAUUCUAGGGAACGGAUUUCAAUUUAAAUAAAUAUUUUUUUGAAGUUUUAAUAUCAGAAAGUUUUCAACAAGUGUGCACAUUUCAUAAUAUUUUGAAUAAAUUGAUUUUCAUUGUACAAAUGCAUCUUGCAUUUUAUAUCAUUGUAAAGUGUUGUGGUUAUUUUCAAAUUGUAUUUAAAUAAUUCAAGACUAUAAAUAAAUAUAUGUUUAAAGUACAAACAAAUAAACAUUUAAAUAUUAUUAAUUGUAUACUAAAUUCAAAUCCGUUCCCAUAUAUAAAUGUAAACAAAUCAAAAAAUAAAACAUUGUUUUAGACGUUUUACUGAAUAAGUAUUUAUUUGUUUAAUCGUAUGGUUUCCAAUUGUUUUAGUGGUUACCUAUAAUACAGAGUGAUUUUUUCAUCAUGAACUAGCAAUUAUCUCGAAGGAUUUUAAGUGAAUUUGAUUUCUGUUUCUUUCUAAUCAUAAAAAAAUCACCCAGUAUAAAAAUAAUAAAAUAAUAACAAACUUUAUUAAAUAUGAAUAUGUAAAAAAUAACUAAAUAAAUAUGUUAGAUGAACUUAUUCUGAGUGUAAAUUUUACAUUUACAAUAUCAUAUUAUUUAUUUGUUAUAAAUAAAACGCAACCAACUUAAGGCUUAGUUUUUCUUUCAUAUUUGCUAAUUAUUUUUAUUUGUUUUACUUAUUUCAUUUUUCUCAAAAAUAUUUUAGAUACUCCGAAACUAAUUUGGAACUACUAUGCACUAUGUUACAUGUGGCCAUCCGAGGUCUGAACAGCUUGGCCGAUCUGGAAGUUCUUCAGAUAUUUGUAGAGAAAUAUUUCGGCAGUACCGUCGAGAAUCGAAAUCCGACGCUGUUGGAAGUGUUGCAUUUCGAAGAGGAGAUCCUCCGGCAGAAGAUCACAUGGCAGGAAAAAUAUGAAGGUGUGAUAUCUGGUUGGAUAUCGCCGAAAGCGGAAAAGUUAAAGCACAAUCUCGAAAAAACUCAAAAAGAAAUAGGCAGUAAUAAAACGGAAGUAGACAGCAAAGUAGAAGGUGGUGCAGAGCAAGUCAACCCGGGAACUAUUGUCAGGACCGUUCAAGCAAAAAAUGAUACUUCUUCCGUCUUGACAGUGGUUGCUGAUCCCGAUGGAGCCGAGAAGAACCAAAGCGCCGAUAGCGGUGCAAGUGGACCGGAUCCAAGCAAAAUAAUAACAACCAGCGGAGUGAAUCCCAAAACGAAUCAGCCUGCCGCCGCUGACUUAGCUAAAGCAAAUAGUCAAACUAAGACCAGCGCGGGUCCACCUGUAGGCCCGGUAGAUACCGAUAAAUCCGCCACAGCCGUGGAGAACGCGACAACAGCGACAAUAGACAACGCACCGGCAGUCGUAGAAAAAGUCCCGAUAGCAGUAGAAAACGCUGAUAAUCUGCAAAAUAAAAUACCCAAAUAGCCGCUCUCCGCUCUUCGGCAGCAGUAAAGUAUAAGUAAUUCUUGACGUCAUAACGAACAAGGGAUCAGAGGGAAACUCAUAAUAUAUAAUAUAAAACUAUAAUAUCAGACACAUGAACUUAUCAACAAAACAUAAUAUUUCAAUCACGUUUAUAAUACACCCAUUGCAUUAUUAUUUUGUUAUUGUAUACAUUUAUUGUUAUCACUUAUAUCAAAUUAUGAUAAUGUUAUUGUACACAUACCUAAAGUAAAUGUUAUAAUUUAUAUUGUUAUUUUGUAUUUUAAUGUGUAGAACUGUAUAUAUUAUAUACAUACACGUGUUACUGUAAUCAACGGAGAUACAAAAAUAGCACAUCUAAUUAUUUAUAUUUUCAUAUUAUGUUAUUAAAUUAAGUGCUGAAGACGGUUUUUUUUUAAUCGAAUAUUUACAGUAUUUGUAUCGGUAUAAGACAUUUUUUUACUUCUCGGUACAUCAAUUUCUCCUUCAUUCGUUUACUUAUUUUUCAGUUACCACUCGAUAAUUUAGGAGAUAGACUAUCGACCGACAACCAUUUGAUGUACAGGACCGAUAGCCAAAAUAACGUCGGGGACAAUUAAGUGUUAUGUAACCAUGCGUUAUUUAUAUGUCUACUUUGAAAAUCCAUUCGUAAUAAAAAUUAAUCAAAAAAUAUUUAUAACAAUGUAUAAUGUAUAAUAAAUACUAAACAUAUUAUAAUAAUUAAAUUCGAUUUUCAUACGAUUUUAUUAAUACGAUUAUUCUAUUUCUAUAUAAAAACUACUCAUAAUUUGUCGAUAAGAUAAUAAAAAUAUUAAAUUACAACGUAUCUUAAUGGUUUAUCAAUC